AUGGGCGUGCGAAGAGAAGAAAGCGGGGAAGAUCUGCGCAUCAGGUCAGAACCGUGGAGGCGGCCCGUGAUCAGCGACCCGUGGAACCUGGCAGGAGGCCAGCGCGGGAUGGAUGGACGGCGUCGCGAAGGCGACGUGGAUGUGCCCACUACGAGCAAGCAGGGUGAUGAGGAGGAAGGGGAAGAGCCCCAGCCUGCUCGAGGCAGCAGAAGGCGCGGCAUCGCCGGCAACGACGGUUCCCCCACUGCGCGGGGCGGCGGAAGGCGCGUCAUCGCCGACGACGACGGUUCCCCCACUGCGCGGGGCGGCGGAAGGCGCGACAUCGCCGACGACGACGAUUCCCCCACUGCGCGGGGCGGCGGAAGGCGCGACAUCGCCAACGACGACGGUUCCCCCACUGCGCGGGGCGGCGGAAGGUUCGACAUCGCCGACGACGACGGUUCCCCCACUGCGCGGGGCGGCGGAAGGCGCGACAUCGCCGACGACGACGGUUCCCCCACUGCGCGGGGCGGUGGAAGGCGCGACAGUGCCGUCAAUGGGGAGAAUUUCCCUGUUGCGCGGGAAGAAGGAAGGCAAGGGUGCAAGAAAAGGGAUGAAGGGAAGCGAGUCCGAUGUGGGAAGGCGCGAAAGGAUGGCGAAGAAGACAGGAAUGGAGAGCGCUCACCUGCUGGGCGGCGCGAAGAGAUGACGCGAAGGAGCGUCAGGGGAGUGGAGCGCCAAAUGGGGGCACGCCAAGAAGAGGAAGAAGGAAAGAGGGCCAAAGCCCGCCUGGGUGGGAGCGGGGGCGCCACGGAGAAGGACGAGAAAGGGGCCGGGGAAGGCGAUCACCGCACGGCUCCAGAGCAGAAGGAGGAGGUCAGAAGCGAAGGGAGCAAGAGCGGCAUCGCCAAGAACGUUCUCCUGUGCAAAGAGAUAGACAAUGGGAAGAUCAAGAAAGGUACAAGAGAGACCGCGAAGAAAACCAGAGGAGAAGCCCGAGUCCAAUUGGAACUAGGAGGCUGCGGCAACAUGGAGAGGGAUCGAGCGGGGCUAGAGCGGCUCGUGAGGGGUUGGAACGAGCACUGUACGGGAUCAGCGCAGGAAGCAGAGGAGAAAAAGGAAAGCAGCGGGGGGCUGCUCUAUCAGAUCGGGGAGGAUCUGGGAGCUGGGAUAUGGGGAGAUAAGCAACGUUAA